UGAUUGGCACGUGCGCUGAAUACGUCCUUUGAGGGAGGAUAACGACUUUGUGGGCAGUCGGACGAGCAGGAGACAGGCAGUACCCGGCAUUUUUGGACAGAAAGGACAGGAACUUUCCCUCAAAUAGAGGCGAAGAAUUGUCAGCGUGACACAGCGACGUUAUUCAAACAUCUUUACGGUUCAAGAGGAAGAAGACUGUGCAGCCAUGUCUUUCAACAUUCAUAUCAACAGCCCUAAUGUGAGGUACACAGACACUCACAUUGUGUCUCAGUAUUCCUACCACACCACGUCAGUUCACAGAGAAGGGGACAAAGUCACAGUGACCCCUCGCACCACUGAGAUGACAUUUCGCACAGAGACACGCGUGCCCCGCCUGGGUGUGAUGCUGGUGGGAUGGGGAGGCAACAAUGGGUCCACAGUCACAGGAGCUGUACUGGCCAACCAGCUGGGUCUCACCUGGAGGACCAAGACCGGAGAGAAGAAAGCAAACUACUUCGGCUCCCUCAUGCAGGCGUCUACUGUUUGUCUGGGAUCAGGGCUCGAGGGCGAGGUCAACGUGCCCCUCCGUGACCUCCUACCCAUGGUGCACCCUAAUGAUAUAGUCUUUGACGGCUGGGAUAUCUCCUCAAUGGAUCUCGGUGGUGCGAUGGAGAGAGCGCAGGUGUUUGAGUGGUCGCUACAAGAGCAGCUGCGACCAUACAUGAGCCGCAUGAAGCCAAGACCGUCCAUCUAUAUCCCAGAAUUCAUUGCUGCCAACCAAGAGAGUCGGGCGGACAACGUUCUCACUGGCAGCAUGGCAGAGCAGGUGGAGCAGAUCCGAGCUGACAUAAGGGACUUCCAUCAGUCAAGUGGUGUCGACAAAGUCAUCGUUCUGUGGACCGCCAACACUGAGCGCUUCUGUGACAUCAUCCCGGGGGUCAAUGACAGCGCAAAGAACCUGCUAGCUGCAAUCCAGGCCGGAGCAGAGGUUUCUCCCUCCACUCUGUUUGCAGUGGCCAGUAUCCUUGAGAGCUGCGCCUACAUCAACGGCUCCCCGCAAAACACGUUUGUACCGGGGGCCGUAGAGCUGGCCAUGCAGAAGGGGGUCUUCAUUGGAGGCGAUGACUUCAAAUCCGGUCAGACCAAGAUCAAGUCAGUGCUGGUGGACUUCUUGGUCAGCUCAGGUAUCAAGCCGACCUCCAUUGUCAGCUACAAUCACCUUGGCAACAACGAUGGGAAGAACCUGUCGGCUCCGCAGCAGUUCCGCUCCAAAGAGAUCUCCAAGAGCAACGUGGUGGACGACAUGGUCCAGUCAAACCCCGUACUGUACCAGCCGGGAGAAAAACCCGACCACUGUGUGGUGAUUAAGUACGUUCCCUACGUGGGAGACAGCAAGCGUGCCAUGGAUGAAUACACCUCUGAAAUUAUGAUGGGAGGAACCAAUACUAUCGCUCUGCACAACACCUGUGAGGACUCUCUACUUGCCAGCCCAAUCAUCCUGGACCUGGUGAUCCUGACGGAGCUUUGUCAGCGUGUGACUGUCCGACCGCAGGGCGAGGACGACUUCCAGUCCUUCCACAGUGUCUUAGCUCUGCUCUCCUUCCUCUGCAAGGCCCCACUGGUCCCAUCAGGGACCCCGGUCGUCAACGCCUUCUUCCGCCAGAGAGCCUGCAUUGAAAACAUCAUGAGAGCGUGCCUCGGCCUUCCUCCUCAGAACCACAUGCUGCUGGAGCACAAGCUGCAGAGAGACUUCCUGCCUCCUCAUACCAACUACAUCAACGGCAGUGUGGCACCUUUGAAAAAAGUUCCCCUUACUAACGGGAACCAUAUACCUCUAACAAACGGCAUCCAUGCACAUGUCAAUGAUGCAGCACAUGCGAUAUGACUGCAGAUGCAACACUACAGCCCAAGAUAGAACUGAAACUUAAUAAAGAUGUUAACUUGAGAUCUUGUAUAAAGAAAUUUAAAAAAACAACUAAAAACUAAAUCCCUCAUUGUUGAAGCUAUCAUGGCAAAACAAAUGUACACUGGUUAGACAACAUGGCAAAGUUAACUUGACACUGAAGUAAGAUGCAUUUAAAUUAUAGUGCAAGUCCUGGCUUGGUGCUUAAAGAUUUAAAUAUCAUAAAUGCAUCUGUCUGUAACAACUACUGAGCAUCAACAGAGGCCUAUGUGAAGCCCAUAGAUGAAAAUAAUCUCCACACAGUGUAACUCUGUUCAAAGCAGGCUAUUUUGUUUAACUAUGCUUCACUUUUUUUAAUACAGAAAUAGCUAUAUAUUGAAUAUUUAAAAACAUAAAUUCGGGUUUUGUGCUUCUGUCUUUAUUCAAGUAGUUUUCCGUGUGCAAUGCCUAUUCAAAAUAUAAUAUUUCUUGAUUUAAUUUUUUUUUAGUUUUUCAAAAAAGGUCGGUAUGUUUAACAUGCAAAUGUGAGUCUGCUCGUGCAGCUGUGAAAAAAUGAAAUACUGUAUUUGGUGAAUGAGGAGCAUCUUGUUACCUUACUGUAUGUGUGUUAUCGUCUAUCAAUGCCUUUCUGUUGUCAUCCAUAUGUUUUUUGUUGGAAGCUAAGUUACAGAAAGUAACAGAAAGUGCAGUUUUGACUUUGUUGUUUAACAGUAACCGGGGCUAUUUAUGUACAAUAAACCGUUAAAUAUUGUUUGAACUGAAAA